AUGGCAUCACCGGCAACCCAUAAUCGCAUUUUAUCUAGAUCUUCGCGGCCCCGCAGCUCAACUCGGGGUCCUUUAGAUGCACCACCAGACGAUCCUCUUGAACCGGACAGCUUGCAUGUCCCGCAUGCGAGCUCGAAUAUCAAAAAUAAUGCCUUUUCAGGGGCUUCUUUUCACGAAUUAGACCCGCUGGCCCCCGAUGAUCUCCCCGAAACGAUGGCAAAAGACCUGUCAUUCCUACUCCGGCAUAAUAUUUUCCAUCAAUUAUCACAUAAUGAUAUUCCACCACCUCUUCGCGCCGAAUUCGUCGUCCUAGACCCGGGUGAACCGCUCUCGUCGUCUUUAGGCACACUGGAAAAGCUCCUUACCGAAGGUCGUUUCCUAGUUGCUGCAAAUUUCGCUGCCUCGAUACUUACCUCUUCAUUAAUAACGCCUACGGAUAUUAAAAUCAUCUUCUCUUUGUUUUACACUCGUCUAGCCUGCCUAGAGCUAUCCGGAAAUACCGUACUUGCUGCCCAAGAGUCGAAAGCGUUGGAGGAUUUGCAUUCUGCAUUCUAUUACAUCGACUCCAGCCUCGACGCGCCUGGAAAAGAAGAUAAGGAGACCCAAGCACCUGAAAAUCAACUUCGCCAUAUAGUACCAUGGCCUUUGCGUGUGUUGGCCGUGAGGCUUCAAAGUAUUGGCUUCGGUGACUCUCGCAGAAGUAUUGGUGGGCUAUACGAGCUUGGACUGGAGGCAAGAAGGGAGCUGACAAGGCAAGAAAUCGAAGAAUCAGCAAGAGAAAUUUGGAAAGAAAGACUGGCAGAUCUAGGAAUGCGUUGCGUCAAUGCUUUGAUAGAGAUGGGUGAUCUUGACGCAGCCAAAAGAUCACUCGAAAGUUUAGGGUCGUCAGAACCAAGUGCAAACAACAUCAAGUUGCGCAAAGCACUUCUUCUUCUGCGUAUAGGGGAUGUUGAUUCCGCGCAUCAGAUCUUCGAUGAAUCGCAUGAGUCGAAGGAGGUGAAAUUCUUGCAGCCUCUCUUAAGUAUGUCAGAUGCUCGUUACAAUGAUGCGGCAGACCAAUGGCACGCCCUUUAUGAAGAUACAUCCAGGGAAGAUAGGGACUUGAUCGCACAGAACAUGGCCGUGUGCCUCCUUUACGCUGGAAAACUUGAUGAGGCGCGUCAACUCCUUGAGUCGCAGAUCUCUACACAUCAUCUAUUUGGCAGUCUUAUUUUCAAUCUAUCGACUGUAUACGAACUUUGCUCUGACAAUGCUAGCGAAAUGAAGGGACAACUGGCAGCUACAGUGGCUAGUCAGCCAGCUUCUGGACACACAAACAUAGAACGUCCGAACACGGAUUUUAAGCUAUGA